AUGCACCCACGGCUUCAGUGUUCAUCCACUGGUGCCGACUUUUUUUGCCAGGGCAUUUGUGCACGCUUUUCCCUCCAAUGUUUAUUUUUUUUUUACACAGGAGGCAACGGGUGGGCAUUCGUGAGUGCUGCGGCGGGCUUUUGUUGCCCUCGCCGGGACGCGCUUAACGGCGGCAGCUCCAUGACUUUGUGCACAAAAGGAAUGGGACUUUCUCCGGAUUUUCACCGCAGGCGCAUGCCAUGGACGGCCGAAAAAGAGUGUGUGCCCGGUGUUGUUCAUAGCUCCAAGGAAAAGAUGGUGUUGGAUGGCGCACGACGAGUGGAUGUGGAUUGUGUUGACCGUGCAUCGCAGGUGUAUUCGCUGGAGGCAUUGUGGGCGACUGUGGCCAGUUACGAGUACAAUACAUUUAGACAGAAGAACAUUUUAAAUUGGUCUCUCAGGCGGAAUCAAUGUACUUGGGCAAUGGGCUUACCGCGAGGAUUGGCAGGAGGGGACGCACGACGAGGACGCCACUCGCACCGCCAUUCAUUUCCGUCGCCACGGCAGCAACACAGCCUCAUGAGACUACACUCCUUGCGGAUUUUCCGGGGUGGCAUGCACUGUUCUGUUUGUCGUCUUUGUUUCCCCAUCCCGAGCGUCGGUGCAGACUCCCUCGUCGAUGCAAGUUCCUAUCGAUUGCGGACACACCCAUUGAUUGAUGCGGCCGACACCCAGCCCAUUGCUGGUGCUUCUGGCAUGACUGCCGCACCGCCCCAGCAGCUGGUGCAGUGGAACUGGGGACGAGAACACGGCAGAACAAGUUCAAUCGGAUGGUGCUGGCAGCCCUGUCAGCGUCUCGCCGACCCCAGCGACCUACCCACACCACAAGCGAGCACAGAAACCGACGGGACAGGGAAGGCAUCAACGGACUGUCAGGACACCAGUUGUCUUUCCACAUCACUCUCAGUCAAGAAACCGGAAGAAUUCACAACAACAUCAUUCACCAGCAAUGAGAAAGGAACAACGACCACCGCCGACAGCGACAGUAGCACCGCGGUCUUCUACACACCACCUCCCCUCUUUUGCGUCUUAUUUUCACGUUUGCGUGCUGCUGCUGCUGCAGUGGUGCCCAGGCCUGCAUGA